AUGGCACCGAAUUCUCGCAUCAUUCUUACUCGGCACGCACAAGCAGAACAUAAUGUAGACCUUGACUAUACCAUCCAUGACGCCCCUCUGACAGCCCUCGGCAAGAAACAAGCCCAAGCUCUCGUUCCACAAAUCUCCGAAAUUGCAAAGGAAGUCGACCUCGUUGCCACCUCACCUCUUAAGCGAACACUCCAGACAACAAAGCUCGGGUGGGGUCCUGCCAUAGACCGUCUAGGCGGACUAUCGAAAGUAGCUCUCGUACCUGAGUUCCAGGAGUGUAACGAUUUUCCUUGUGACACGGGAUCCUCCGCCAGCACUCUUUCCAAAGACCCCGAACUCGAAGGAUUCGAUUUCUCUCAUCUUCCAGAGGACUGGACUUCCAAGAAAGGCUUCUGGUCUGCGGAUCGGGGCUUGAUUGCUAAACGCGCAGAGUGGGUUCGCCAAUGGUUGAGAGACCGCCCUGAGGAGACAAUUGUUCUUGUCGGACAUGGGGAUAUUUUGAGAGAGGUCACUUGCGAUGCCAAUGGGCCAAGUGGGUAUGGUUGGAGAAAUGCGGAGGUCAGAAUCUUCACGUUCGAUCCAGAGUGGGUGGAGAAGGACGAAUGUUUUCUGAAGCAGCAGAAGGGCAAGGAGGUUGCUGUUGCAGGAGGGUAUGGGCCCACGAGUACCGAGGAUGAUCUGUUCUCUGGGAAUGGGAAACUGUGA